AAAGAGGAGAGACACUCCUUGGUGACCAGCUAGCUUUCAACUCACUCCAGCCGAGGCGUGUGUGGCAGAGGUUGUCCUGUGCUUUCCAGCUCCGGAGACUUUAGGAUUCUGCUGCUAAGGCUUCAGAGGAAACGCCUGGUUGCUAAUUUGGUCACUGCUGAAUCCAUCCCGUCUGGACCACUUCUUCAGGAUUGGGCCUGGGACACAUCACACGCACUAAACAAAGGAUGUGCAAGGUGAGCUAAAACUAACCCGAGAAGAGAGAAGAUGAGCGCGUUACUAGCCAGUGGGUGUGGACUCUUCGGGCCACUGUGGCCACUCGAUGACAUCCCAAAGGCAGUCAUGAGGAAAGUUAAGGGAGGAAACAUCGAUGUACAUCCAUCAGAAAAAGCACUCAUUGUUCAAUAUGAGGUCGAAGCCACCAUUCUUGGGGAAAUGGGGGAUCCCAUGUUGGGAGAACGAAAAGAAUGCCAAAAAAUCAUCCGUCUGAAGAGCCUCAACGCCAACACAGACAUCGCCUCCCUGGCGCGGAAGGUGGUGGAAGAAUGCAAGCUCAUCCACCCCUCGAAGCUGAGCGAGGUGGAGCAGCUGCUGUACUACCUGCAGAACCGCCGCGACUCCUUGUCCGGGAAAGAAAAAAAAGAAAAAUCAAGCAAGCCUAAGGAUCCACCUCCUUUUGAAGGAAUGGAGAUUGACGAAGUUGCUAACAUCAACGACAUGGAUGAAUACAUUGAGUUAUUAUACGAAGAUAUUCCUGACAAGGUUCGGGGCUCUGCUUUGAUCCUGCAACUUGCUCGAAAUCCUGAUAACCUGGAAGAGCUACUAUUAAAUGAAACCGCCCUGGGUGCACUGGCCAGAGUCCUGAGAGAAGACUGGAAGCACAGUGUGGAGUUAGCCACCAACAUAAUCUACAUCUUCUUCUGUUUCUCCAGCUUUUCUCAGUUUCACGGACUUAUCACUCACUAUAAAAUCGGAGCUUUGUGCAUGAAUAUCAUUGAUCAUGAAUUAAAAAGACACGAGCUUUGGCAAGAAGAACUUUCUAAGAAGAAGAAAGCUGUUGAUGAAGACCCUGAAAACCAGACCUUGAGGAAAGAAUACGAAAAAACCUUUAAGAAGUACCAGGGGCUUGUGGUAAAACAGGAACAGCUCUUACGAGUGGCCCUGUACUUGCUCCUGAACCUGGCGGAGGACACACGCACGGAGCUGAAGAUGCGGAACAAGAACAUCGUGCACAUGCUGGUGAAGGCGCUGGACCGCGACAACUUCGAGCUGCUCAUACUGGUCGUGUCUUUCCUGAAGAAGCUCAGCAUUUUCAUGGAGAAUAAAAAUGACAUGGUGGAGAUGGAUAUUGUUGAAAAGCUGGUGAAAAUGGUCCCUUGUGAGCAUGAAGACCUGCUGAAUAUCACACUCCGGCUGCUACUGAACCUGUCCUUUGACACAGGACUGAGGAAUAAGAUGGUACAAGUUGGACUCCUUCCCAAACUCACCGCACUCCUAGGCAAUGAAAACUACAAGCAGAUCGCGAUGUGCGUCCUCUACCACAUCAGCAUGGACGACCGCUUCAAGUCCAUGUUCGCGUACACUGACUGCAUCCCUCAGUUAAUGAAGAUGCUCUUUGAGUGUUCAGAUGAGCGGAUUGACUUGGAACUGAUUUCUUUCUGCAUUAAUCUUGCUGCGAACAAGAGGAAUGUACAGCUUAUCUGUGAAGGCAAUGGACUAAAGAUGCUCAUGAAGAGGGCUCUGAAGUUCAAGGACCCAUUGCUGAUGAAAAUGAUCAGGAACAUUUCCCAGCACGACGGACCAACUAAAAAUUUGUUUAUUGAUUAUGUUGGAGACCUUGCAGCCCAGAUCUCCAAUGACGAAGAGGAGGAGUUUGUGAUUGAGUGUUUGGGAACACUUGCAAAUUUGACCAUUCCAGACUUAGACUGGGAAUUGGUUCUUAAAGAGUACAAGCUGGUUCCAUACCUCAAGGACAAACUAAAACCAGGUGCUGCUGAGGAUGACCUCGUUUUGGAAGUGGUGAUAAUGAUCGGAACGGUGUCCAUGGACGACUCAUGCGCCGCCCUGCUGGCCAAGUCUGGGAUCAUCCCUGCGCUCAUCGAGUUGCUGAAUGCUCAACAAGAAGAUGAUGAAUUUGUCUGCCAGAUAAUUUAUGUCUUCUACCAGAUGGUCUUCCACCAAGCCACAAGAGACGUCAUAAUUAAGGAAACACAGGCCCCCGCGUACCUCAUCGACCUGAUGCACGACAAGAAUAACGAGAUCCGGAAGGUCUGUGACAACACGCUGGACAUCAUAGCGGAGUACGAUGAAGAAUGGGCCAAGAAAAUUCAGAGUGAGAAGUUCCGCUGGCAUAACUCCCAGUGGCUGGAGAUGGUGGAGAGCCGCCAAAUGGAUGAGAGUGAGCAGUACGUGUACGGUGAUGACCGCAUCGAGCCAUACAUCCACGAGGGAGACAUUCUCGAAAGACCCGACCUUUUCUACAACUCAGACGGACUGAUCACCUCCGAAGGAGCCAUAAGCCCGGAGUUCUUCAGUGAUUAUCACCUUCAAAAUGGAGAUAUGGUCGGGCAGCACUCAUUUCCUGGCAGCCUCGGCAUGGAUGGCUUCGGCCCGUCGGUGGGCCUUCUGGGACGCCCAGCCACGGCGUACGGCUUCCGCCCGGAUGACCCCUACUACUACGGCUUCGGGCCGCGAUGAAGGCCUCUCUCCCCGUGUGCGCGCUUAGCUUAGAGGAAGCCUGUGGGGGUUGGGUUGGCUUUGAAUCUGGGGCUAAUAAUGCAUGCUGAUGCGAGCGCGGGUCUGUGUUUCUCUUAUUUUUUCGUGGUGGUAGCUGCAGGUUAACUCCGCCCCUGUGGUCUUGUGCUGAGUGCAGUGCAUGCUUGGCCCGCCCCUCGUCACACCGCCUCGUGAUGCUGGAGAGCAUUUCCCCGGGACUCAGAGCGAACCUCGAAAAGCAACUAGACUGGAAAACACUACAUUAUGUAUAUUAGGUGACUAAUUUAAUUUCUAUUAAAAAGAAGCAUAAAGUACCAAUGAAUUGGAGAAGGUCACGCGUCCCUAUUUAAUGUGUUUCGUUAGGAAUUCCAUGCUUAUGUAGGUGCAUAAGAAUUUCAUCUCCCCCUUUCCCUUGUAAACUUGAGUAUUUCACGUGAUAUGUGCUACCCUGAAAAUGUAUAAAUGACGCCCCAUUUGAAUUCCAUGCAUGUGCCUGAAGGUCGCUUCCCAGAGGUGUUAACCGGGAGUUUUCCGAGAACAGUGGAACAACAGUAAGUUGUUUUGUGUGAGUGCAGCCACUCGAGUCCGUGUCUUUCAGAUUUUGAUGUAGAAAACCUGGAACACCUAUUAGUACAUGAAACUAGAUGAGUUUGAGGCCUUUAAAUUUUAUUAUUGUGAAAUCUAAUUAUAAGUCUCAUUGAGGAAAACUGGAAAACAGUAUUUUGCUUACUAAGAUGCUUGUUAUUAAAAGAUUUAGUUAAUAAGAAAUGGAAAGACAUUAUCAUUAAUAAUGAGUUUUGAAAAGAACUCAAUGUUAUAAUGCUGAAAAUUUACUUAAAGCAAAUAAAAUAGCCACGAUCUAGAGA